CGCGCCGCGGGCCCCGACAGGGUGCGCCGGGUCCUGCACGCUGGGGCCGCGGGGCCCGCCGUCCGCCGCUCCCGUCGGCGCUGAGCAGCGCCCGGCCCGGAGCCUUCUCCUCGCGGGCCUCGGCUGUCCCCGCGUCCCCGGAGGCCCCGCGGCGUGCCGGGGGUUCCGCGAGCCGCGCGGCCUUGCCGGGAGAGCUUCAGCCGCUCUUCCUUGACCCCUCGGCGGGUCUCCUGCCCCCUGGGGAGGACCGUGGGGUCCCGGGGGGCGUUGGUGCGUGUCCUGCCCCGCGCGGGGCGCGUCAUCCCGGAAUUCCCGGAGAGGCCGCUGGCCUGGCAGCCCCGGGUGCAGUGGGUGCCCCGGGACUGGGUGCGGGGAGGGCGCCCGGAGCGGGCCGUCCCCUCUGCCCUUCUCCCCGUUUGCCCCCUGCCCCGGGGAGGGCGCGGGCGGCGCUGAGUCACCGGGCCGGGCGCGGGCCAUUACUCAGCAGCUUUCGCCCCGCGCUGGGUAAGCCUGGCGGGGUCUAGGCUCGGUGGCCUCGCGCCGCCGCUUACACAACCAGCUUCACCUGCUUUUCCAGCGCCGCCACCUCGGAGACUGGGAGACCUGGGUCUGAUCCUCGGGGCGGGGGGCCUCCCGCAGCAGAGCCCAGGAGCGGCGGGUGGCGCCGGUCUCCUGCCCUUCCUGGGCACUCAGCUGGGGGAAGGGGGCCAGAGGCUCUCAGGGGAGCAGCCGGAGGCUCCGCGUGGAACCCCAGCUCCAGGCAACCUCCGGGACCCACAGGCACAGGGCAGCUGGCCUUGGUAGGCGCUUCUGGGCGAGAAGGGUCCUCAGCCCCAGCAUCCGCUGUCCAUUCCGCCCUGUAUUCUUCAAGAAGUGUUUCUGGAGCUGCGCACGAUGGCUCGGUGCUGUGUUCUCUGGUCCCGGGACUCCCCAGCUGACCGGGACAUCUGGUGGUCCUUGGGGGCCCUGAAUGAGCAGCUGCCCUGGGUCACCUGGGAAGGGCAGAUUGGGCACCCCGUGGAUGGGCCACAUGUUGUGGGGGCGUGAGGAGGUGGGGCGGGCACCUGUCCUGGGUCGUGUGCUCUGGCUUCACCGGCCAGCAUGGCCGGGGUGAUUGGGGGCCGCGACAGCCAGGUGGACGACAGUGCAGGGCAUAAGGCAUGAGGGCAGGAGCUGCAGGGACUGUGCUGAAAGCCUUGAUCAGCAUUGUGGGCUCAGAUGUCUGCCUUCUGGGAGCCGUGGACUCUGGAAGCUUCCACAAGGGGCUUGGGGGACUGUGGGGUGUGAUCCGGGCUCCCGGGGGCCUCUUGGUCCCUGCUGCCCCAGGCCUUCUGCUCUGCCCUGUUUGGUCCUACAGAAGAGGACAUCCACCUUCCACCCCCACUGUCUUCCCUCUCUUGCCACGGCCCACAGCAGGCCUGGACUUCUGGGGACCAGGUCCAGACAACGGGGUGUCGAUGCCACCUUAGCCCCACGUGGCCACACCCCGGCGUCUUUGGAACCUGGAGUCCCCCAGCAGGCUUGGGGCCGCCCCUUUAUAGCAGUUAGAUCUCUUCCCCACUGCGCCCCUGACCCCUGACCCGACUGUCUGUGGUGGGAGUGGGGAGUAGCUGAGUGCCUGUUGGUGGACAGACGUCCUUGCCAAGCUUGGUGUCGCGGUGGCCGGUGUCGCGGUGGCCUGCGUCACAGGCUAGAGGCAGUGAGACCUGAGCCGUGCUGGGCAGGUGCCCCCUCCCCCCGGGGUCGGAGCCCCACAGGUGGGUGCAGCAGGGAGAGCUGCACAGCAGGCGCGUAGUCUGGGCAGCCACAGCCGGGAAGACCCAGAAAGCCCUGCGCCAGCGCAGGUCAGGGGGCCCGCUGGGUCUCCAAGGACCAGAUCAACUCGAGACCCCCGAGGAGGGGCCGGAGCCUGAGCUCUGCGCCGGGACACCAAUGUCAGUCCUGGUUUGGGCUCAAGGUUUAUCAUCCAGGAGCUGAAUGCUUCCUAAAAUCACUCUCCUGAAAACGUCCCUGUAACAGUCAAGAGGAUUUACUGGGUCAAAUUGCAACAAAGGAUGAGAAAUUUAAAGUGACAGAAGAAACAGCGUGGCGCAGUUGUGCCCGCUGCCCGCAGGACAUUUGGCCCAAAUGCUCCUCCCCGGGGGAGAGAACAAAGGCGCCCAGGUGCAGCGAGACCUGUGAGGGGCUGCCACGGGCAGGGCCACCGCUGGGGUGCACUUUGGGGGGAACACUUGUUUCCGGCCCCCCUCCCGUGGCCCUGGCCCAGUUGCCAGCUCUAGAACCAGCUGACAGCCAGCGCCUCCCUGACUGCCCUCUGGUGUGACACCGCGUGCCCCGGGGCCGGCGAGGGGCCUGUGGGUGACGCGCUGCCGUUUGACAGGCUCUGCCCUGGGCCUCCCCUUGAGUGAGCUCAGCAUCGCGUCCCCGGAAGACGCAGACAGCAGCGACCUCGGGCUGGCAGGUCACAGGCUGCUGGGAGGCUCGGCCCCCGUCACCAUACCCGGCGCCCUCACCCGCUCGCUGUCCGCGCACUCCUCCUCGUCCCUCUCCACCUCCCCGCUCAGCUCCCGCGCCCAGUCCCUGUCGGGGACACUGGUCUCCGCGGCCAUGACGCCGCCCCAGCAGCCGCCGCCCCUGAAGGCAGAGCCGGGCGUCCUGGGCUCCUCGGCCUCGUCCUACAGCUCCUUGGGUCUGAACGGCGUCCCCGGGAGCAUCUGGGACUUCGUGGCCGGCAGCUUCUCGCCCAGCCCGUCCCCUGUCCUGAGCGCCGGCCCCGCAUCCUCCAGCGCCAGCCCCGGCAGCUCCGAGCUGGCACACGUCCGGCGGCAGCUGGACGAGGCCAGGAGGAGGAUCAAGCAGUGGGAGGAGUCCUGGCAGCAGGUGAAGCAGGCCUGCGAUGCGUGGCAGCGCGAGGCGCAGGCGGCAAAGGAGCGCGCCCGGGUGGCUGACAGUGACCGGCAGCUCGCCCUGCGGAGGAAGGGGGAGGCGGAGGCCAGGUUCAAGGCGCUGCGGGAGGAGCUGGAGGGGCUGGGAGCACCCACUGCGGGGCCCGUCCUCGGGGGCCUGGGCGACAUUGAGGCCAUCCCCUUGCCAGAGCUGCACUCGCUGCAGAGCCGGCUGCGCCUGGACCUGGAGGCCGUGGACGGGGUCAUCCUCCAGCUGCGCUCCAAGCAGUGCACAGCGUGCCCAGAGCCUGCCCUCGGCACCGUCCCGCGGCCCUGCCAGCACCGCGUUCUUGGCGAGCAGCCGUGCCGCGAGGGUCCGCUCCUCAGGUGGUGACUGGAGCCAGGGGUGGCUGCCCCACCGGCACACCCAGGGCCAGAUGACGACAGGACCACGGUGACCCCACACCCCUGCACGGGCCCCCGACGGCUUUGUGGUUUCUCCCCCAAAACCUUAAAGGCUAACACCUGUGACCACCGCCUUCCAGGGGCUCGGUGCCUUUGUGAGUGGCACGUGGGUGGAGGCUGUGGUGGCCUCAGGCCAGGCGAGACCCCAGGAGGGCUCAGCAAGCACUUUGCAAACCCAGGAGCUUAGACGCUAUGUUAUAAACUGCCAGACGCUGCUUUCUAGGCUGACCAUGUUUUUAAAUAUGCGAUAAUAUGAAGCUUUAUAUGUGUACUGUGAACUUAAAAUAUUUCAUAUCCAUUUAUUAAUUCUUAGUAUGGCAAAUAGAUUACAUUUCAUUUUCUAGAGUUAGUACUUACUAUCUAUCUAGUGGUGAAAAAUACCUAGGAUUUUUAUAGUUUUCAAAUUAAGUGCAAACAAAUAGUAUUUAUAAGCAAAGCGCAAUUAUUGGAAGACAAAUUCAUUUAGGUAAGUUUUUAAUUUUAUGAAAGGAACUUGUUUAUGUCAUAGCAGUUUAUUGUUAAUUCAUAAUAUAGAUUUCAUAUUCUAGAGUUCAUACUCAGUAAAUGAGCAUUUAUCUAGUGAAAAACACCUAGGAUUUUUACAGUUUUCAAAUUAAGUGCAAACAAAUAGUAUUUACAAACAGCGUGAUUAACUUCAUGACGGGAAAUCGUGUCCCUAGUCUGUGCGCAUGCACGGGGUUUCGUGGACGUGCCGUCGAGGGGCUUCGUGUGCAUUUGCGGGAGCCGUGGCCGCUUUCCCCACGGGCUGUGCCUCGCAAGGGAAGUGAAGGAAAUGCAGAUCAUCUGGUUUUUCUUCUUCCUUGGAGGGCUGGAACAGUCUGAUUCGAACCAAGAAUGUGGCAGAAGGGACGGACAUGAGUCUUUGGACAGUGUUUUGAGACUGUUGUGACGCGGUUCCCGCGCGCUGCACCGGGCGAGGGUGGGGGCGCCGGGAGCCUCGCAGGGGCCACUCCCCACCCCCAGAACUGUCGGGGGCCUUGAGGGACAGACGCGAUGCAGGGCUUGUUCCGGGUUUCAAGCGUGGCACUGUCACCCAACUGCGCGUCCGCUGUCAUCAGGGCUCACUUCUGCGGCCAGCAAGGCCCCCGUCAGUCUCGGGGCCCGGAAGUGUGGCAGCCGCCUCCCGAGGACCCCCACCUGCCCGGACCUGCCCGUUUCACUGAAGAUCUAGAUGGUCCGAAGCGAGUCUCAGAACCUGCCCUUGGGGCGGGAGGUGAGGACAGUCUCGUCCCCUCUGGCUGGCACUGACCUUGCCAAAGACUUUUAAUAGCAUUUUUUUUUAGAAGUGCAGAGUGACUAGGCAAAAAUUUUUAUCAGUGACCAAAUCAGAAUGUAUUUCAUAUAGGAAGCAGCUUAACUGCCUUGCCCACGGAAAACAGACAGGAAAGGAAGCCUGUUGCUGGGCACCACGUGGGAGAUGGGGACGUGGACGCGGGGGCCAUGGCCUGUUGUGAAUCCCAGUGGGAACAACUCAUCGGCUCAGCACUUAGAGAGGAUGUGUGCUCUGUGCCACUGUCAUCACGGUUUAAGACUUUACUUUUAUUAAUAUUUAUGCACUUGUUUCUCAUCGUUGGCCUUUGGCCUUCUUUGGGAUAACAGGAGAAUGUUUAUUCUGUCUAUCGUAGACAUUUUCAAAUUAUAAACAAUUAAGAAUAAGCUUUAGGUCUAUUUAUAAGCUAUUCCAGUCAGUUCUCGUGGUGUCUGGCUUGCUCUCAGGAGCAGGUCAGCAGGGCUGAGGUGUGGGGAGUGGGGUGACAGCGUGCCCCCCAGCUGGGGUGGGCUCCUUCCUGAGCUGGGUGGAGCAGAGAACAGCCAGGAGGGGCAGUCCUGGGGCUCGCCGUCCGUCCCCCAACCCUGCUCCUCGGCUCCAGCUCUUUUGAGGGACCCCGGUGAUAGGAGUGCCGCAGCGAGGGAAGCACCAGGAGCCCCUCUGCAGGGUCCCCGCCUGGGGCUUCCCCAGGGCAGAGCUGAAGCCCCCGGUGUCUACCAGCCUGGUUCUUGCCCACUCUCAUGGUAACUGCCAGGUGACAUUAGUCUGUCCCAACAGCCGUGUAACUGGUUGGCACGGGAACUCAACUCAAUGUGGAUUAACUUAUGGAAACCCCAAUAAUACGUGUUGAGUAUUUAGAAGAGACUGAUACAUGGAUGGAAUUCUGUAACCAAGAAGGUAGUAUUUAUAAUGCAUCAUCGUUUACUUAUAAUGAAUUGUUUAGAAUUGUUAACACUUGUUUAAAUUUUUUUACACAAUAGCAUUUAUUUAUGGUUUACAGAAUUCAUGGACUUAUUUUUAUCACUAUGGGAAUUAAUUAAAACCUUGAAUCUUGA